CCGGCUCUGGAAGGGUGAAGGCAGUGGGCGUUCCCGUUGCAGCGACGCCAUUUUCACUUCACUUAUCGAUCUUUCCACUUUUCCGACGUCGACGGUUCCAGGCCCCAAACUAUCACGGAAAACAACAAAGUAUUGACAUUCCAACGGUAUGCACAAUUUUCAAGAUUAUGGGUCGCAGGGAGGCGAGAUGCGAAAUUAUGAAGGUGGUGGUGGCGGAGGAGGAGGUGGUCCGAGAGGAGGGAAUGUUGGAACAAGGGUCUAUGUGGGUGGCCUUGAUGGCGAAAUUAAGAAGGAAGAUCUUGAAAUAGAAUUCGAAAAAUACGGCAAACUAAAUAGCGUUUGGGUUGCAUACAAUCCCCCUGGGUUCGCUUUCAUUGAAUUCGCUGAAAGGCGGGACGCCGAAACUGCCUGUGAGGCGAUGAACAAUUCCAAACUCUUGGGCACGACGUUAAGGGUAGAAAUUUCAAGAGGAAGGGGUGGCCGUGGAGGAGGUGGUAGAGGUGGGGGAAGAGGCAGAGGAGGUGGCGGCGGCGGCGGAGGCGGUAGAGAUGACCGUGGAGGCCCCGGUGGCGGAAGUUUCAGGGGUGGUCGUGGUCGCGGAGGGGGUCGCGGUGGCAGCGGCGGAGGUGGUUUCAGGGGUAGGGGCGGCGGCGGUUUUCAGUCUUCCAGGGGGGAUUCUUUCAGAGGACCAAAGGACUCAGGGCCUCCAGGCGGUAGAAACUUCCAGAGCAAUGGAUACAGUAGGGAGCCUAGGUUCAGGAGUCGCUCGCCUGUCAAUAACAGGUUCAGUGGUGGUGGGGGUCGACAAGAUUUCGGCGGCGACGGCUUUGGCAGGACCAGCUCAUAUCGUCGCAAUACGUUCAACAAUUCAGGAGGCUACUGAGCCCCUGAGUGAAAACGCAAAAGUCAGGUCCACUGAACACAAUGUUUCUAUGACAAAACUUCAACAAGCUACGACAUUGUAGGCGAUUGCACGCUACCUGUGCGAUCACUUUAGUCAGCGAUUUUUAACUUCAACAACUUCGAUACUACUGCGCAUUUCUUUGUGAAGUUUAAAUUAU